AUGCUCCUCGCCUUAGCAUUCACACUCGCUACUCAGGUUGUGGCGGAAGACUUCCGCCCAAUCUACCAUUUUGUCCCUGAGGAGAACUGGAUGAACGAGCCCAACGGGUUAAUUAAGAUCAAAUCAACCUGGCACCUGUUCUAUCAGCACAACCCAACGGCAAAUGUCUGGGGCAAUCUGAACUGGGGCCACGCGACCAGUAGUGACCUGGUCCACUGGACUCACGAGCCCCUUGCCAUAACAAGCGAAAACGGCGUCGAAGCGUUCACCGGCACAAGCUAUUAUGAUGCCGAUAACACUUCCGGUCUGGGAUCUUCUACCAGCCCACCCUAUCUGGCCUACUACACGGGGUAUUUUCCUUCCAACGGGACCCAGGACCAGCGUCUUGCCUUUAGCGUCGACGAUGGCGCGAGCUGGAAGAAGUACCAGGGCAAUCCCAUUAUCCCGGCCGCUCAGGAGUCGUCGCAUGAUGAGACGGGGGGCUAG